AUGAGCGAAGCCAAUGCAAGUAAGCAAAGAGACGAUGAACUGGAAGACAAACGAGGUAAUUCUAAAACAAGUUUGGCUUUUGAAUGUGCUGAAGAGAGGAAAUCAGAUACGCUGAAGUUCCAUAUAACAGAGAAUUGCAGUAGUCAGGGCGAGAUAAUACAAGACAGCGUGGAGGCCGUGCCACUCACACCACACGACGUACAGAAACAUCAUGCAUGCGCGGCAAACACUGCAACAUAUGCACUUAGACACAUAGGGUACGAAAGUCUGAGUUUAGGACAGAAAGUAAUCAAAACAGGCCAUAACAGCGCGGCAUCUUCUACCGACUGCGCUAACUCACCGAUCAAGUAUGUGAUAAUGGUUUGA